UCAUACACACACCCACACAUACAACUCCGUACACCGAGCGCACAGUGAUGUAUGCGAAACACGCAAAAGCACACCGCGUCUCACCCCGCCCACUCUUGUACCGCCGCGCCUACAUAUAUAUCUGAAAAUAGUAGAGUCAUCUCUGAAACGAAGCCAACAUUAGUAUCUCGCUUCGUUCCCGUUGUACCGAUCAGAGUCGAAAUUUUCCUAUUGGAUGUCGAAUGCUGUUAUAUACACACGUCAAAUGUGUCCUGUGUCGUGAACGAAAUGUCAAACAGCGAGAGAUAUAUAUCAUGUCCAGUGUCAAAUGAUAACUGACGCGAAGGAGAUGCAUGUGUUAAAUCAUGUUUUCGAUGGAGAUUAAGGACAUCCUCGCGUCAUCCGCAUCGAUUUGUACUGUUUUACAGUAUCUAGCUGGCGUAUUAGUAUGCAGACAAUAUAUAAAAAAUGGUACAACUGGAGAUAGUUCAGCCUUAUCCUUCGUGACAUGCUUAAUGUCUUGUUACCUGUGGUGGACAUAUGGCAUGCUCAUUAAAGAUUUCUUUAUUGUAUAUGUAAACUUAUUUGGGGCAUUAUUACAAGUAUACAACAUCAUCAUUUUUCUCAUAUACAGCAUAAAGAAAUCUACUACUGUUAGACAAGUUGCAGCAGCACUUGUUUUUAUUUUAGUGAUAUUUAUCUAUAGUGCUUUCUUGCAACAGGAUAAAACUGUACUUGUAAAACAAGUAGGAUUUCUCAGUUGUACUCUGACAGUAUUGUUCUUUGCAUCACCAUUGUUUCUGCUUGCACAUGUAAUAAAAGUAAGGAGCACAGAAAGCUUACCCUUCCCAGUCAUAAUGGCCUCUAUGAUAGUGUCGUGCCAAUGGUUUGCAUAUGGAUGUUUGAUUAAUGAUCAUUUUAUACAAGUACCAAAUUUCAUGGGCUGUGUUCUAUCUGGUUUUCAACUCUCUUUAUUUUUAAUUUAUCCAAACAAACAAUCGGUUGAAGCCUACUUCAUAUAAGAUUUUUUUAGAUAGUUUUUUUAGAAGAUAGUUUUUAUCUGAUAAAUUAAUUGCAUCAAUCAAUGUAUGUAUGUUGUAAGAAAUAUUCAUAGAUAUAAAUUAAUUUCUAUGGGAUGGUCUCUUUA